AUGCCUACCUCAAGCUUUAACAAGAAGCUACAUUACUUUAACAUGCCAGAUGAAUUGAAGUGGCCUAGUAAGGAGAGAAACCAACGGCUCCCAAGGGGUGCACCCAUGAGAACACCACCUAUCUCCGAGCAACCUCGGUUCAUGAAGCACAGCAACAGCUCCACAUCCACUGAGGUUGAUAUUAAGUCUAAACCAGCCAAACUAAAGGAGCCUAAUCCGGCUGGUAACCAUGGAUCCAAGGGUUCCUCUUCUAAGGUCCCUUCAGAAGGUGAAAACUCGGUUUCUAAGAACAAGAUGUGUGAUGAUCCAGAAAACGAGAAACCAAAAUUAUUGAUCACGCUUACUAGAGAAGAGAUUGAAGAAGAUUAUCUUGCAAUGACUGGAAAAAAGCUUCCAAGAAACAAAAUGAAGAGGGACAAAACUAUGAAGAAGGAUCUUGAUGUUAUAUUUCCUGGGGUUUCACUGGAGGGCCGGAAUGCUGAGAAUCUAGCUAAGAAGUAUUAG